AUGGCCCCUGAUAAGAAGGACAAGAAGCGCAAGGCUGCUGCGGCCGCCGCUGCCUCCGACUCGCCCGCAAAGAAGACCAAGAAGGUCGACGCGAAGCCCGUCGAAUCCCCCAAGCCGGCCGCCAAACCGGCUCCGAAGAAGGGCAAGGACAAGGCCGCAAAGGCAGAGGAGAAGCCCGCCCCGAACGUGAAGGUCAAUGGCGAACCGGCCCGGCAGAUCAAGCCUCGCAAGCGUGCGGCCGAUUUCCUCAGCGACGACGAGGAGAGCGAGCCCGAAGUGAAUGUGAAGGAGUCCAAGGCUGAGACCGACAAGAAGUCGAGCAACAAGAAGUCCAAGAAGGAGGAUGGCACUGCCGCUCCCGCGCCUAAAGCCAAGGCACCCAAGCUCCAGAGCAUCUCCAAAGCAAACACCAAAGGAAAGAAGGCUGCUGCGGAGGAGUCCGAUGAGACCCCUGCCAAUGGCGCUAGUGAGAGUGAGGAUGAGGAGGACGACCAGACCGUUGCGCUCAUCAAGGGUUUCGAGAGCAGCGGUGAUGAAGACGAGUCUGGCGACGAAGGCUUUGACCCCGAUCAGCCUGUCCCUAAGAUCCCCGAUUCGAAGAAGACGAAACGCAAGAUCUUGAAGAAGCAGAAGGAGCACAAGACAGAGUCUGAGCAGCCGGGUGUUGUAUAUGUUGGACGUAUUCCCCACGGUUUCUACGAACAUCAGAUGCGUGCGUACUUCUCUCAGUUCGGUGAUAUCACCCGUCUGCGUCUCUCCCGCAACCGUAUCACCGGUCGCUCGAAACACUACGCCUUCAUCGAGUUUGCCUCCACGUCGGUCGCUAAGAUUGUCGCCGGUACGAUGGACAACUAUCUCAUGUACGGUCACAUCCUGAAGUGCAAGUACGUGCCGCAGGAGCAGCUGCACCCGGAGAUCUGGAAGGGUGCCAACAGACGGUUCAAGCGCACUCCCUGGAACCGGAUCGAAAAGAAGCGACUUGACAAGGGAAAGACGAGAGAACAGUGGACCGAGCGCAUCGAGCGCGAGCAGAAGCGGCGACUUGCCAAAGCCGAGAAGCUCAAGGCUCUGGGAUACGAGUUCGAAAUGCCCCAGCUGAAGAGUGUGGAAGACGUUCCCGUUCAGGAGGAGCCCAAGGCAAUUGAAGCUAGCCAGGAGGCCCCGGCUGAGGAAGCCCCCAAGGCUAUUGAGGCCCCCAAGGAGCCCAAGGAGACCAAGGAUGCUGAGGAUACCCCGAAGAAGUCGAAGAAGGAGAAGAAGGCUGGCUCUGAGAAGGGCACACCAAAGCAGCCCACGCCUAAGAAGGGCGCGAGUGAAGUGACUGCUUCUCCUGCCACCAAGGCUGGUGCGAAGGCGAAGAAGGCGGGCAAGGGAAAGAAAUAA